CGUCUCCUCUCUUCUUUUUUUUUUUUUUUGCUUAAUCCUCUCUUCUUCUUUCUUCUAUAUAAACCCUUCUUCUCUCUUUUCUUAUUCUUACUGUUCUCUAAUCUAAUCUCAUCUAAGCUUUCCAAACAAAACUAAAGUUUCUUAUUACACAACCUAAAGGUUCUUGUCGUUCUUGGAAUGUCAGAAGAAUUCGACGAAUCUGAUAUCAUUUUCUCCGACAGUUUCUUCCCGACUCGCCGGCGUGACGACAUGAACGAGAAAGAAAACCUUCCGGUUGGUUUCCGAGAAAGCUCCAAAAACAAACCGAGGCGGAGAAAAACGGCGCCGUUACCUUUACCAGAGGCAUUCUCGACUUCGCUACCGGUGAAUAUACCGGGUAAUGUGAUGCGACGGUACACGGAUGAUGAGGAAUAUUCCGAUGAGGGAGGAAGGAACAUGGUUCCGCCGCAUCUGAUAGUUGGACGGAGGAUGGAAGGUUGUCAAAUGGCGUUUUCCGUUUGUACAGGUAACGGAAGGACUCUCAAAGGACGGGACCUGAGCCGGGUUCGUAAUUCGGUCCUCAGAUUAACCGGGUUUUUGGAAGCUUAAAUUCGUUAACCGGAUUUAUCAAAUUUUCGAGUCUUGUUAGUUUAACGACUUUAUUGAAAGUCAAAAGGAAAAUGUCAAAAAAGAACGUUUAUUUCCUUGUUUAUUCAUUUAAAUUCUUAAGUUGAUUGUUGUAGUACGAAAAAAAAAAGAACAGAAAAAUAAAUUUCCAGAAUCUUUUUGGGAUCAGUUUCAGGUUACUUAUGAUUAUGUUGAUUAAACUUGUU